CCACCAGGAAGAGAUCGGAUUGAGCGCGGCACAGAAACAUGCUGGUGUCACGUGACAUUUGUCCCAUCCUCCGCCCCGUAGCUCUGUGUUUACUAUGUGGCGGCUGUGUGUCUCUCUGCUCCAUAACACGGUCCGGGUUUCUAGUCGGUGUAGCUCCUCUCUUACACUUCUCCGUGUAAGAGCUCCUCACCUCAUGGAGCCUCUCCCUCUUCCCGCUCCACCACAGCUGGGGAGACAAGACAUUGGGGUGACCGGGGAGCCCGAGACCUCCUCCGCACAGCGGGAACCCAAAGCUUUAGAAGAUGGAAAACCAAAAGGUGUUCAGGAAAAUAAGAAAAGCAAACGCAGGAGAAAGAGAAUUAGCAGUAAUGAAACAGUAGGAAACCUGCUAACCGAGCUGCCUUUUGCAAAUGCAGAUAUCAGUGAUGUUCUUGAAAUCACAAGAGCAGCAAAGAAGACGGUGAAAAAGAAGAGGAAAAGACACAAGUUAGAAAGUGACGACAAUGAUAAAAGUAAACAGCAAAAGAGGCCUAAUUAUUUUGUGUCCCUGCCUAUUACAAAUUCUAAGAUUCAAGAUGACAUCCAGACUAUUCAGGAUUCAGUUUUACAGAAGGAUAAUAGACUUUCCAAAGCUAUGAUUCCAAAGGGUUCUUACCAUAUAACCCUCUUUGUGAUGCAUUUAGCCAGUGAAGAAGAUGUUACUUUAGCAGUAAAUGCGCUUUUGGAGAGUAAAAAGCCAGUUGAAGAAAUCCUAAGAGGAGUGACUUUGAUUUUAACAUUUUGUGGUAUAUCUGAUUUUAAACGUGAAGUUGUGUUUGCUGAGACUACAUCGGGGGAUGCUGUAACUGCACUCAAGCAAAUAACUGAAACUAUGGGGAAGAUAUUUGAAGAAAACGGUAUUGCUGUUAUUGGAAGUAAAGAUUUUGUACCUCAUUUGACUUUGAUGAAGCUGUCAAGAGCCCCAAAGCUGCGUAAACAGGGAAUUAAAAAGAUUGAUACUAGCCUAUACAAGGAUUUCCAAAGUCAUCACUUCGGAGAGGAGUUUUUUCAACAACUGGAUCUGUGCUCAAUGUUAAAGAAGAGACAAACAAAUGGUUACUAUCACAUUGAAGCUUCCAUCUUCUUUGGCAAGAGAUAUAAUGAUGGAAACAAGCAGACUGCCUUGCAAAGGGAGUUGAAACCUCUGUUGGACAAAGUUAAAGACAUUAAGGCUGUGCUCGCUCUUCCAGAGACACGGGAAAAAAUAUACAGAGAAGUUUUUGGUAAAACACUGAUUACAUAAAACAACGGUCAUAUGUUGCCUUCGGAGACUAUAUGAAUAUUUUGGGAUGGGACUAAUUAAAAUAGAUUAUAGCAUUAUGAUUCAAUUUGUGUAGCUCUGCAUUAUAUUUACUAAAUAUUCUAAACCACACCCAAUACUGACAGCCAUUUUCAUGUCACUCUCCACAAAGUUCUGACAUACAUGCAAGCUUAUGUUAUUUACAAUUACUCUGUAUAUCAUUUCUAGAAAUUGUAGCCAAGUUUACUGUAUCAAUGUGAAUAUUAUUUUUUAUUUUUUUACAGUAAAUGGCUGUAGGGCUGACAUUUUGCCACUUUACAGACAGACUGGUUCAAUUCUUUACCAUGCUACUGAUUUCUUUGUCAAUGGUGAUAAUACAUAUGCGCUGAUGAAAAGAGAAAACAAAAGUGCUGCUCAAAGCCACUUAUAUACAUUGGUAAUUUUGCUAACGCAGGUUUGAAAAUAAAGUGUUGCUCUGGACCCCACUUAAACUUUUUCUUGCCCCUAAUUUUUAUUUAUGGCCAUCACAGUGGCAAACACAUAGUUCUUAUAGAAACAUGUUGUGUAUUAGGCUUUCCCAAAGAAAGUUGCAUAAUACAACCUUAGGGCUCUUUCACACAUAAUGUCCGUUUUUGAUGGACACUGGGGAUCGCUAGAGGAGCGGAUCGGAUGUUACACGAGCCUGAACGGUCCACGUGUGUGAAAGUGGCUUAAAGGUGAAUAUAGCUGAAGGCCUCUUUCACACGGGCGAUCCGAUCAGGUCAACCUGUCAGUUUUUCAGGGAGAUGUGAUGGGAUUGUGCAUGGAUCCCUAUGGACAAACAUGUGUAAACAGACUUGCAUCAAUUUACUCUCCCCUUCCACUGGGUCCGAUCUAGUUCACAAAAAAAAAAAAAUGUGAAUCUUUUUGAUCAGAUCAGAGGGUAGUCGGGUGUAAACGGACAGAUGGAGAUCAUUUACUCCCAGCCGCCCAUUGAGCAGAACGGGCUUUGUCCAUGUCCGCUCUGCAGAAACUGAGCAGAAAAGGAUGCGUCAUCUGCUCUGAUCAGCAGGAUAUCUGUGAGCUGGUCCCCAGAUUCCGCAUGUAAUACACCCCAUGUGAAAGGGGCCUUAUAAGUGCAUGUUUAACAACACAGUUAAGUACUGUAAGGGCUCAUGCACACUGCAGAUAAAAAAAAUUGCUUUAACAGGCAUUUGAGCUUUUAUUUCUCUGCCUAAAAUCUUGAAGAAGCUUGUGCUUUUUUGUGCUAUUUUGCACUUUUUUUAUUGAGAUUUUGUGAGCAUGAGCAUUUUUGUUUCACAAACCCUCCCCUCAGCUCUUUUUUUCCUUUUUUUUCUUGUGUACAUUUUCAGGCUUUUUCAUGCUUUUUCAUGUGUUUUUGGGCACUCAGGUGUCUCUUCUGCUCGACAGUUUCUCUAAAAAACACAAGAUUGGUGUGUGUGUGGGGGGGGGGGUCUGCCUGUAAGAGCAUACGCCUGCAAACUUCUGAAAGAGCCGUGGUGUGCAUAGACACUGGCUAACACAGAGGGGAGUUUCCAGGCAGAAAAAAAAAAGAGCUCCAAAAAGCUCAAAAGCCUGUAGGAGCAGCUUAUUUGAGGUGCAGUGUGCAUGAGCCCUAACUGAUACUUUUUUAUUUUCAUUAACAGGACAAGCUUUUGCAAGAUUUACCCCAUCUACUGGGCCAAGCAGUGCGUUGACAUUGUGUCCACUAUAUUUUGUUACAAUUAAAACUAUCAUUCUUAAUUCAAAUAUUUUUGUUCCUAAAAAAAAAAACUGUCUUUAUUGGUUUCUGCUAGAUGAUUUCACUCCUGCGCAUAUGCAGGAGGCCAACAUUUCUGCACACAGAGACCGCCCCGGUGCUGUAAACUAAGCUGCAUAUGCCCAGCUCAGUUUACAAUGCAGGAGAAGACCGCAAGCUCAGUUUGAUUACCCUGUAUUUCCACUGUCCCCUAACUGUUAUCCUAAUUUCAAAAUCUGUUUUAGCAUUUUGCUAAAACUCCUAUUCAUCGGUGUUACUGCUUUAACUGCAUGAAGGGAGUGGAUCUUCUAAAAGCUUGUACUAAAAAAUGGACUGUUCAAAAUGUCAAAAAUAUCACAUGUACAGCCAUAGCCAAAUGUUUUGAGAAUGACACAAAUAUACAUUUUCAUAAAAUCUGCUCCUUCAGUGGUUUUAGAACUUUUUGUCAGAUGUUACUAUGGUAUAUUACAAGCAUUUCAUAAGUGUCAAAGGCUUUUAAUGUAAUUGUCAAUAAGUUUAUUCAAGUCAAUAUGUGCUAUGUUGACUCUUCUUUUUCAAUAGCAUUUCGCCCUGACAUGCUGUCAAUCAACUUUUGGGCCACAUCCUGACGAAUGGCAGCACAUUUUGGGGAGUUUUUUUGUUCACUCGCCUCUUGAGGAUUGACCACAAGUUCUUAAUGAGAUUAAGGUCUGGCGAGUUCCCUGGUCAUGGACCCAAAAUAUCAAUGUUUUGUUCCCCAAGCCACUUGGUUAUCGCUUUUGCCUUAUUGCAAGGUGCUCCAUCAUGCUGGCAAAUACAUUGUUGGCCACCAAAUUGUUCUUGAAUGGUUGGGAGAAGUUUUUGUACCAUUUUUUUUAUUCAUGGCUGUUUUCUUAGGCAAAAUUGUGAAUGAGCCCACUUUCUUGGCUAAAAAGCAACCCCACACAUGAAUGGUCUCAGGAUGCUUUACUGUUGGCAUGACACAGGACUGAUGGUAGCUCUCACCUUUUCUUCUCCAGACAAGGUUUUUUCUGAAUGCCCCAAACAACCGGAAUAGGUAUUCUUUAGAGAAAAUGACUUUACCCCAGUCCUCAGCAGUCCAAUCACUGUAUCUUUUGCAGAAUAUCAGUCUGUCCCUGAUGUUUUUCCUGGAGUGAAGUGGCUUCUUUGCUGCCCUUCUUGGCACCAGGCCAUCCUCCAAAAGUCUUCAUCUUACUGUUCGUGUAGAUGCAUUCACACCUGCCUGCUGCCAUUCCAGAGCAAGUUCUGCACUGGUCGUGCCCUAAUCCCACAGCUGAAUCAACUGUAGGAGAAGAUCUUGGCACUUGCUGGACUUUUCUGGGUGCCCUGAAGCCAUCUUCAUAAUUGAACUUCUCUCCUUGAAGAUCUUGAUCUGAUAAAUGGUUGAUUUAGGUGCAAUGUUAGUAGCAGCAGUAUCUUUUCCUGUAAAUCACAUUUUGUACAAAGCAAUGAUGACUGCGUGUUUCAUUGCAGGUAACAUUAGAACAAUGAUGUCAAGCACCACCCUCCUUUAAAGCUCCCAGUCUGUUAUUCUAACUCAAUCUGCAUUAUGUAGUGAUUUCUAGCCUUGUCCUCGUCAACACUAACACCUGUGUUAACGAGAGAAUCACUGAAAUUAUGUCAGCUGGUCCUUUUGUGGGGGGGAUUAAGUUAAUUUUCAUGGCAAAGAGGGACUUUGCAAUUAAUUGCAAUUCAUCUCAUCACUCUUCAUAACAUUCUGGAGUAUAUGCAAAUUGCCAUCAUCAAAACUGAGGCAUCAGACUUUAUGACAAUAUUUGUGUCAUUCUCAAAAAUUUUGGCCACAGCUGUAUAUGCUGAUUGGUUUAUAAAGGUGGUAGUCAUGUUUUCUUUUGCUCUGGUUAUCACAUAUGCCUCAUGUAACUGCAAUUGCAGUGUUAUAAACUUGACAUUACAUUUCAGUAAAAUGUGAAAUCAUUGUAGGUUUAGCAGUCAUUUACUUUAAAGCAAAGGUCAAAUGUGUUCUUACGUGAGAGAUUUGUAAAUGCUGACAUUUGGUUAUAUUAUAUCCAGGCAACACUUUACACUCUUUUUAAUAAGGCUAUUAAAUAAUGUAUGUUUUCACGGUCUAUACAUUUUUAUGUUAUUUUCAUACAUUAUUAUGAGACUUCAAAAACACCGGAGAGUAAUAUAUCAUUGUUGACAGCGUCAGUUACCUGUAUUUUGCUAUAGCAGCCAUUUUAAGGUGAGAAGUCAUUUUCUUUCUCUGUUGUAUACAGUUGUAUUUUCUGUUAACCACUAAACAAUGGUUUACCUCUCAUACACAAUACGCAUUUUCAAGGAGAGAAUGUAUUUUAUAUUCAGUAUUGACAUGAAUUAAAUAACUUCACUUUCCCUUAACAGCUUUGCCAUUUUGCCUCUGAUUUAAUGAAAUUAAUAAAAACAAAUUUAACAUUUUAUAAAUAUGUUACAAGAGAAAAAAUAAAAAUUUGACUCUAGAAAUCUAAAAUAAUGGUGAAGCAGAGUGUGUUUGGUUUUGUAGAUUGGAAAAUGAUUGUUUUUUUUAUUGCCAUCCACCAUACCAAAACUGAAUGUUUUCCGUUUCUUACAAAUAAAGAAUGGGAAUAUUAUUGCCAAAA